AUGCAGCCGAAUGAGACUGGAGCCCCGACGCUGGCUCCAGAGCCGUGUGAGCAGCAGACGCUCCAGGAGGACAACACCGGCAACUUGUCGCUGCACUGCUGGCUGCAGCUCCUCAGCAGGGAAUCCGUCUCGGAGCUCCAAGGAGACGGCGCCAGCCUGGCGGUGCGCGUGCUGAUCGCCUGCGUCUACGCCGUCGUCUGUGCGCUGGGGCUGGUGGGGAACUCGCUGGCUCUGUAUCUGCUGCACUCCCGGUACCGGCAAAAGCAGUCGUCCAUCAACUGCUUUGUGAUGGGGCUGGCCGUCUCCGACCUCCAAUUUGUUCUGACGUUACCCUUCUGGGCGGUGGACACGGCUCUGGACUUCCGCUGGCCGUUUGGCCGCGUGAUGUGCAAAAUCGUCAGCUCCGUCACCACCAUGAACAUGUACGCCAGCGUGUUCUUCCUCACCGCGAUGAGCAUGGCGCGCUACUACACCAUGUCCUCCGCGAUGAAGAUGCACAGCCGGCGGGCGGCGGCAACGAGAGCCAAGUGGACCAGCCUUGGAAUCUGGGCCGUCUCUCUGGUGGCCACUUUGCCCCACGCCGUCUACUCCACCAGCGUCCAGGUGUCGGAUGAAGAACUUUGCCUGGUGCGCUUCCCGGACUCGGGCAGCUGGGAUCCGCAGCUUCUUUUGGGUCUCUACCAGCUGCAAAAAGUCCUCCUGGGAUUCCUCAUCCCUUUGAUCAUCAUCACCGCCUGCUACCUGCUGCUCGUGCGCUUCAUCCUCGGCCGCCGCAUCGCGGGCGCCGGGGGCCCGGAGGUGGAGCAGGGCCGGCAAAGGCGGCGCUCCAAAGUCACCAAAUCCAUCGUGAUCGUGGUGCUGUCCUUCUUCCUUUGCUGGCUGCCCAAUCAGGCGAUGACGAUGUGGGGGGUGCUCAUCAAGUUCGACCUGGUGCCCUUCAGCAAGGCCUUCUACAACGUGCAGGCGUACGCCUUCCCGCUGACCGUGUGCUUGGCGCACACCAACAGCUGCCUCAACCCCGUGCUCUACUGCCUGGUUCGCCAGGAGUUUCGAGCCGGCCUCAAGGAACUUCUGCUCCCCGCCACGCAGUCCUUCAGGGGCCUGACUCUAUGGCUGCAGCGCAAGGCCAGAGUGGCCGAGCCGCCGCCGCCAACCCCAACACCAACCCCAACGCCAACGCCAACCCCAACCCCAAUGCCAACCCCAACGCCAACGCCAACGCCAACCCCAACGCCAACCCCAACCCCAAUGCCAACCCCAACCCCAACGCCAACGCCAACCCCAACCCCAACCCCAACCCCAACCCCAACGCCAACCCCAACGCCAACGCCGCCUGUUCCUGUGCCGGUCCAAUUGGAUGUCUGA